GCCACGUGGCAUACUCCUUAGGGUCGGAUUUGCUGGGACGUUGAAUGAGAGAGUCAAUAUUACGCCGUGCAAGCGUGGUAGUGAGACACAAAUCACUCUGGAAGAUCUCUCUGGGAGCUUGGGCGACGACUCUGCAACCUGGAGAAAUCUACGCAUCGCCACCUGCUGGACUCUGUCCAUUCCAAUCAUGAAAUGGACCCAAUUGAGCCCUCAUCUGCAGUCAUCAUGACGGCGGAAGAGACAGGAAGUGCGGCGCGAUCAAUGUCCACUGAGCCGACAAACGCGAAUAGCGAGACGAAGCCUGCCGAAGCAUCGUCAUUGUCCGAUUUGCCGACGCCCCACCGCCCUCCAGCAUCAUCCUCGAUCAAUGAUCCUGCUUCGGCGAUGGACUCCCUGUCAGACCUAGAUCCAAGAUCUCAAGCUGGAUCAUCACGGACGAAAUACUUUGCUGCGCCGGUAGGUCAGCCGCCGUAUGGUUCAUCAUCGCUCGCGGACCCAACCAGUGUUCAUCCUUCAUUCCAGCCCUCAGACGAUACUACAGUCACAGUCACAGCCGCAAGCGAUUUGGAGAUGGAUGAGUCUAUGGAAGCUCCCUAUAGACCACCGGAAGCUGUAGAAGAAUCUCCAGAGGAUCAAGUUCCCGACUACGUCCCGGAACUCAUAGCUGAGCAUCCUUUGGACGAUAAGGAAGGUCCUUCUCGAACUGAAUCAUGGACCGAGCAUGUCGGUGUCGGUCCUAGCCCCUUUGACGAUUGGACAGAUAACGAUGCAGGUGAUUGGGGCAUGGAUCUCGACUCUCAAACUGUGGACAGACCUCAGAUCGGACCUGGAGUGCUUCCUAGACGGUGGCUCAAAAUGGCUCAUAAGCAUGAUCUCGUUCAGCCAAAGAUCGGAACCAUCCCAAAAACCGCUCUUGGGUCAUUACAGCAACACAAACGCAACGAAUCCACCGCAUCAGUGGAUACGACCGCCGCUCAGUCCGCCACGCGUGAACCUGAGAAGACUUACACGGCCGACGACGUCUGGGCAGCUUGUCCAGGAGGAUUGGAGCAUCACCAUGAAUGGUUCUUCUGUGUGACUUGCUGGGGAUGGAUCAGGAUCGUCGCUAGCUUAGGUCCUCUCCCAGAUCUCGUGGACACUCAAAUUGACCUGUUCAAGCCAUCCGUAAACUCUGACGAGACCAUCGACACUCGACGCACGAAGGAAAGGGCUAGAUUGAACGAUCUUCUUUCUUCCAGGGCCGUCGCACCGGAAACACAUCAUCACCUGCACGAGUUUGAGACUUUAAUCGAACCGACGAAGGAAUCCCGAAUCGAGAGGAUCGACGUCAGCAACGACCUCAAUACCUUCCCUCAUAUAAGCUUUGCGGUCGAUGAAGAUUCCGGAUUGGAGACGUUCCCAGAACCAAAUUCAUCGGCAAGACUCUUCGCCAGUUGUUCUUCCGAUUUGUGGAUGGUCGUCGAUCGCGGUAUAAUCCCUGGUCAACUGCCCAUUGCUUUAGUCAAUGCCUUUACGAGGGAAAAAGGAGAUAAUCCAAACCCAGGAGCGAGCUCCAAUGACAGUGUUAGAGAUGCUUGGGAACUCUUAUCGACUCUACUGUUCAACCCGAUAUUCAAGGGUCAGCGAGGAUGGGUCAAGCUGGAGAACAAGCGAUUCCAGAACAAGAUUGGAACCACCCUGAUGUCGUCCCGCGUCCUACGGCAGAUUGGUUUUGGCUGUCAGGAACAAGAUGACACGCUUCGCGUCGGACCAUUCAGCGCCGGCGAGUCGAUCACCCCAGAGCAGGUAUCACAGAUGGACAAGUAUAUGAUGCGGACUUGGGUUGAGAUCGGAAUGUAUUUGGCAGCGUUCAUCGCACGCAAUGACUCUGCCCCGACUGCUGAGCCGAUCAUAACCAUCAAAAGCGUUGAGACUGUCUUGAAUUCUGAUGCAGAGCUGUCCUUCUAUCGAAAGACGUCUGCGCCUUAUCCAGACUCGAAGAACGCGGCGUUCGAAAGCUUGGGCAUCACCAAGCUGGACGAAUGGCAGACGGUGGAAAAGGCCUACAAGAUGCAGAUUACGGAUGACGCGGCGAAUGUAAAGCUAUACUUAUCAGCGCUGGAGGAGGUUUCGACAGUCCACAUCAUCGGUCGAGAUAGACUGCAAACGAAGGUCGCGACGGAGAGAUCAAUGGGAAGAUACACUAUCGCCGAUUUGCGAGAAGCCUACUCGAAGAUUGGUUUCACCCCCGAGUACGCAUCUGAGAUCACUGUCGAACCAGAAGAAGCUCCCGACAGUCAUAUCUUGGAACUGCACAAAAAGGCUUGCAUGGCAGCGACGACAGCCGAGCGACGCGAGAUCUCUCAAGCACUGGUACUCAUCGGUCGCGAUCGUGACUCUCAAGAAUUGCAAGAUCUUGGAAAGUCGGGCGAGACAUUCAUGUCUCUUGACGAUGCCUAUGCUGCUUUGAGCGCUCCCCGAGACUCGAUUGACGAUGGAUUGAUCAUGCAAUAUCAACUUGCCAUUUCAGAUUUUCCAGGCAAGACGAACCAUUAUCGUAAUUGCCUGGAAAUCAUCGCUUCUGCUCCUGGCGAGGAACGGCCCGCUAUCAAAAUGUUCUUGGAGACGGGCAAGACUGAGCCCGACGUGCCAGUGCGAAAGGACAUUCCUGUGGGAUUGCAGAACAUUGGGAAUACCUGUUAUCUCAACUCCAUCCUCCAAUACAUUUACUCGAUCAAGCCAUUACGGGACGAGGUCCUUGCAUUUGAGCAAGAGCCGGGAUUUCAAGCGAAGCCUACAACGCGUGAGGAAGGGCGAUCCAGGCGGUUCGUCAGACAACUUCGUCUUCUCUUCCUGCAGAUGUACAAGAGCGAUCAAUCGUCGGUCAGACCUGACGAAGAGCUCGCGUAUCUCGCCAUCACACGACCCGAGGUCGACCAGCUGGUUCAGCCAGCCGUCGCCGCGUCGUCGAGCCCUCAGAAACGGCAGUCCAUACUCGACAAUAUCCCUACCUUGACAUCGGGAUCACCUUCGUCAACUCGUGUUGCUUCACCUGGACCUUCUCCCAUGUCGAGUCCGGAUCUUUUUCCUGCAGAUCUCAAUUCCGUACCGCCUAGCCUUGGUCACCGACAGGAAUCUGUUUUGGGCAAACGAGCUAGCACGGAUCGCGACGACUCUUCUCGAUCCUCCAUGGAUCACAGUAGGCUCAAAUCCGAAGACAUCAGCCCGACGGAAACCAAGGGUGACGAAGGCCUAGAUGAAGGUUAUUUCUCGCUCGUCCCUCAGUCGUCUGAGAAGGCUCGUGAAAGGCUCGGGGAAGGCAAUCCUCGCUCUCCUUCUGCCGUCCGAGAAAUUGAAGCGCUGAAAAUCGGUUCUCCGCCCGAUGAAGACCAGAGGCCUGUCGAAUCUCAAUACUCUCCUCCAAAGGUCCCACCUCCUCUCCCACCAAGACCACACGUAGACAGACGGGACACUCUGGCAUCAGGGCUGCGCUUUGGGCUGCAGCAGGACUCAGCCGAAGUGCUGAUCAACGUGUUGAGCCAACUGGAGAUGGGCUUGGAGAAACCAGCGGUCGCAGACUCUGAGAAAUUGCCCAACUUGAUCCAACAAUUGUUCUCUUGCAAGUAUCGCCAACAGCUGUUCUACCAGAGCUCCGAGGGCUCAGCAGAAGGUCAAACUCCUGUCGAAUCUGUCUUUGUUCACCCUAUCAUCGGCGUUGAAGAGGAAGGAAAGGAUCUAUAUGAUUGUCUUGCCGAGUUGUACCUUGGAGGUGCGGACAUAGAGUACGAAGGCAAGAAAGGGUACAUGAUGGAUCUUAUGGACGAGUUCCCUCCCUUCUUGUACAUCCAGAUGAGGCGAUCUCAAUUCGAUCUCGCUACUGGUCGGGAGCGCAAGCUGAAUACUCACAUUGGCUUUGACCAAGUUCUUGCCAUGGACCGGUUCUUGGCAAAUGCUGAUGCCAGCAAGCGGGAGCAGUCGAUAAACUUGACGCGACAGAUGACACAAGCUCGUGCACGCUUGCAGCAUCUCAGGAAUCACAAGCCCAUGUCCAUCCCAGACACGAUCAAGCACGUUCGAGAUUCUCUCGGUUUCAUCAGUGGAGAUGCCGAGUUCUGCAUCAGCAGUGACUUUCUGGAGGCGCUCGAUGCUGAGGUCGAGAUUACGACCGCCGAGAUUGCGCAACUGGAGGACCAGAUCAAGAUCCUAAAACAAAGUAUAGAGGGUAUAUGGACAGGCAGCCAAGACUACGAGUACGAGCUGGUCGCUGUCUUCAUGCACCGAGGUAAAACCAGUGGUGCCGGUCAUUACUGGACGUACCAGGCUCAUUUGCCAGACAAGAGCGAGGAGUUCUUCAAAUACAAUGACGAGACAGUUACGGUAGUACCUCGAUCCGAGGUUUUGCAAGAUAGAACAGGGAGCGACGCGAAUCCUGCAUUGUUGUGCUAUGUGCGAAAAGGACGAAAUUUGAUUGAUACACUGCAUCGGGAGGUCCUGGAACGAGAAGAGGUGGGAGAAGCACCAUCACCACAGGCGCUGGACGUGGGUCAGUUGAAAGUAGACGGGUUCAUAGCCAAAGCCUCGGACGACCUCAUUGACAUGACGGAUUAUGACAAAACAUAGAUGUA